AUGCUGCGUGCAACAUUGAUAUCAGUGGCUGUCUGUAUAGCGGCCUAUAAUGAUGCAGCGGCAGCUGCUUACUUGCAGCAUUUCGUCUCAUGCGACAUAUCCCUGGCCAGCAUAGGGCUAUCUAAGGACUCGCAGAUUUUCUUCCCCAACAGCUCUGGGUGGGAUAACGAGACCAUCCGCUGGACUGCCUAUAUGGCUCCCACAUAUUCUGUUGCAAUCCGACCAAUCCAUGAGUCGGAUGUGCAGGCUCUGAUUAAGUUCGCCACCCGCUGCAACAUCCCAUUUCUGGCCAGCUCGGCCCAGCAUGGGUUCACGACUACACUGGGUGAGUUGCAGAACGGGUUAGAGAUCGAUUUGUCGGCCUUUCGCAAUGUGUCCGUCAAUGCCGAGGAGAACACCCUGACCGUUGGCGGCGGUGUGCGCUUCAUGGACGUGUUCGACCCUGUCUUCAAUGCUGGCAAGGAGAUUACUGACCAUAUUGCAGGCACCGGAUCAGGAGCCUGCGUCGGCAUGAUUUCACCUACGUUAGGGGGCGGUGUCGGCCGCCUCAGCGGUAUACACGGCAUUAUCUCGGAUCAAUUACUGAGCGUACGCAUGGUGACCGCCAACGGCAGCAUGGUGACCGCAUCAGAGAAGGAGAAUCCGGACCUGUUCUGGGCCAUGCGGGGUGCUGGCGGCAACUUUGGCAUUGUUGUCGAGGCCGUGUAUCAGGUGACCGAUCUGACCUCUGAAUAUGUGGUCAAUAUGGACUAUGCAUUCUCAUCCAAGGACACCGGUACUAUCAUUGACUAUCUUGCCUCGUUUGGUACAGACAUGCCCGCCAAGUUGUCGUUCAUUAUCGAGGCACUCUAUAAUGAGGAGCUGUUCGGAGGGAGUAUUAACACAUACCUUUUCCAGUUCGCCGUCGUUGUCAGUGGGCUUUACAACGGCCCCCUGAGCGAGGCCGAACAGUUGCUCGCGCCGCUCCUACGCAAUGUUACACCGAUUAAGCAAAAUGUAAGCAUUGUUCCAGAAAACGAACUAGUCUACACAGCGACCUUUGGCUCGCAAGGUAAUCCCACUAUCGCCUGCACUGGAAAGGGAGCCAAUCGCAGCGUCUUCGGUGGUGCCAUUAACACGUACGACAAGGCUACGUAUGUUAGCUUCGUUAAGGCCUUCGAAGAUCUCGUUACUACCAAAACCGAUUUGCGAGGCAGCGUGUUUUUCAUCGAACACUUCAGCAAUGUCAAGGUUCAGAAGGUCCCAGAUGACUCUUCGGCGUACCCUUGGCGCAAUAUCACUGCACACCUCCUUUUCAAUUAUGCCUGGAAAGAUCCAGCAAACCAGCAAGUCAUGCUUUACUCGCACAGGAAGCUACCAAGAUUACAGGCUCUUAAGAAACAGUGGGACCCAGAGAACGUAUUCCGAUUCCAUCAUGACCUAACUGUGGCCUGA